UUUAUACUUGAAAGUUGUUUUUUGUAUUUGUAAUCAUUUUGGGGUACAAAGUCAAACAGAUUACGGAAUAAAAUCUUUAUCUAAUGAAUUUUUAGCUGUAAAGCAUACAAAUUAUAAUGAGCAAACGUAAAGACUUAAGACUGUUGACCUGCUGUUAAAUUUGAGUAUUUGUUUAGAAAUUAGAGCCUACUACUGCCUAGAAGUUAGAAUAAAGUUCAAAGUUCAACAGUAAAUUAAAUAAGUAUCUAAUUCUGCGUAGAAAUAAAAUACAAUACACAGUUCAAGCAAGUUAAUUAAAGAACUUGAGUGCAUUAUUGUUUGUGUGUUUUAUAUAAAAUGUUGAAACUGUCAAAAAGUGUAAACAAACAGCCUACUUUUAAAGGUUUUGAUAUGUUUUCUACUAGAAUAUCUCGUGUGAAGGAUAUUGAGUAUCAAUAUUUACAAAGAAGUAAAGUGCCGACGAUGCAUUUUCAAAAAUCACUUCCCAGGCUACCUAUACCAGAGCUUUCAAAGAGUACCGAACGAUAUUUAAAUGCAUUAAAACCGCUUUUAAGUAAAGAAAAUUAUGCACUUGCAGAACAGAGAACAAGAAGUUUUUCAUUGGCAGAAGGAAAAAUAUUACAAGAUAAACUUAUUGCGAAAGACAAGGCAAAUAAAGACACUAGUUAUAUUUCCAAUUAUUGGUUUGAUUUGUAUCUUAGAGAUCGUGCACCCUUACCAAUAAAUUAUAACCCUCUUUUGGUUUUUCAAAAUGAUUCUAGGCCCGACUACAAUAAUCAGUUAAUCAGAGCUACAAAUAUUAUUGUGUCAGCAGCUAGAUUUAUGUUGUCCCUUAGAGAAUCUAUUUUAGAACCUGAAGUUUUUCAUUUACAACCAAAGAAAAGCAAUACUCCAUUAUUUAGAACUAUUACUGGUCUUCUACCUGAGAGUUUGUCAUGGUAUGGAGCUUACUUAUUUAAGGCAUAUCCUCUAGAUAUGAGUCAGUUUGAAGGACUUUUUAAUGCUACUCGAAUUCCACUAGAAGGCAAGGACAGGAUACUAAGAGACCCAAAGUGUAAUCAUGUAGUUGUUCAGAAAAAUGGACAUUUUUAUACUUUUGAUGUCCUAGAUAAUGAUGGUAAUCUACUGUCUCCAGCCGAGAUACUAGGAAAUUUGCACAAAAUUAUGACUGAUCAAAGGAAAAGCGCAGAUUUUCCAUUGGGAGUGCUGACAUCCCAAAAUAGAGAUUUAUGGGCAAUGCAACGAGCACAUCUAGAGGACACUGGCAACUCUGACACCCUUCGUCAAAUAGAUACAGCAAUAUUUAAUCUUAUUUUGGAUGAAGAUUCAAUUGAUGAUGAUAAGAAUAAAAUUCUUAAAUUAUAUCUGCAUGGUGAUGGUACAAACAGGUGGUAUGACAAAUCAUUUAGUUUAAUUGUGACUAAAGAUGGAGUAUCUGGGAUAAAUUUUGAACAUUCUUGGGGAGAUGGUGUUGCUGUCCUGAGAUUUUUCCAAGAUGUAUACGCAGAAACCACAACCAGACCAUUCGUACAUCCAGACACGAAACCUGCAACCACCAAUAUUAGUGUUAAAAAGCUAGAGUUCAACUUAGACGAAAAAUCCAAACAAUAUGUAGAGAAUGCAAAGAGAGAGUUCAACGAGUGGUGUAACUCUUUAAGUAUCGAUUACAUAUUGUAUGAAGGUCUUAACAAAGAAGCUUGCAAAAAGUUAAAAGUUAGCCCCGAUUGUAUUAUGCAACUUGGUUUUCAGGCCGCAUAUCAUUUACUGUACGGUAAAUACGUCGGCACCUACGAGUCUUGUAGCACCUCUGCAUUCAAACAUGGCCGAACAGAAACGAUGCGUCCGUGCACCGAAAAGACAAAGGAGUUCUGUGACAGACUUCAUUUAGCAACAUCAUCGAAGCAAGAACUUCGGGGACUCAUGCAAGAAUGUUCUUCAGCUCACUCGCAGCUUGUUAAGGAAGCAGCUAUGGGUCAAGGUUUUGACAGACAUCUCUUUGCACUGAUGAAAAUUGCCGAGGAAAACAACAUGAAGCGACCAGAAAUCUAUGACUCCCACGAAUACAAGUUAUUGAAUAAGUCUAUACUGAGUACAAGCACUCUAUCAUCUCCUAGUGUGUUAGCUGGUGGGUUUGGGCCAGUUGUCAAGGAAGGAUUUGGUAUUGCAUAUUCAGCAUUUCCUGACAAACUUGGUGCCGCUGUCGCUAGCUAUAAAGCACACAAUAAUAGCUCGGAGUUUGUUGAAGCGUUACAUAAGUCAUUCGUUGACAUAACGGAAAUAUUGUCCGCCAAAUAAAUAUUAACAUGUUAAGUUUAGCAAUCAAUUUAUAAAAGGUUAGUAUUAACAGACUACAUUUAUGAAUAAGCCAUUUAUAUUUCUUCGAUUCUCAUAAUAAUGUCUGCUAGAGUCUGGCUAAUGAAAGCUGUCCCUCAGAAACGGCGGCAAUUUAAAACAGGCAUUUAUUUUUCUCAAAAUUAAAUAAUCUGAUGUUGGUAGCACUGGCUAUACACUGACUAAACGAAGAUGAUAUUAUUCUAAAAAAUCUACUUUUUAUUAUUUUUGUGUAUAAAUAAGAUUAUUUGUGUUUUCUUCUUCUCCUUAGGUAUAUAUGCGUCGGGAACUAUAUCUACUGUUAUUGAAUCCGUUGGGUUAGGUUAAGUUAAGAAUAUUUAAAUGUUGGAUUUAUAGAUAUAGGAUGAAUGUUAAAUUGUAGUUCUUAUUUGAAAUUUGGAAUCAUUUAGAAUUAUGAAACUCGGUAUAUUGACGUAGUUUUUUUUAUAUUUUUUUUUACUUUGUAGUGUCUUUAAUCAGGUAAACUAUAAGAUUUCGUUGCUUUUUAUUCUCAUAUAUUAAAUAGUAUUUUAUUUUAGUAGCUAUGUAGGUAGUAGUAUAUGGUAGGCUUACGGAAGGUUCCGCAUG